AUGGGUGUGGACACCUGUGCAUCAUCAGAGUUCCAUUUGAGUGGCGAUUAUAUUGUGGGAGGACUUUUUCCAGUGCACCACACAAUAAAUAAUGCAACUUUUGACUUUCCCGUUGCCCUGGAAUGUGACCGAUUGCCUUUCUCAGCAGCAGGUUAUCAGAAGUUGCAAGUGAUGAGGUUUGCAGUAGAGGAAAUUAACAACUCAACCUCCAUCUUACCUGGUGUGUCUCUUGGCUAUCAGAUGUUUGACCAUUGCUCAGAAGUGAGGAAUUUCCCAUCAGUCUUUGAUUUCCUCUCCAGAAACGGUUCUGUUGAAAUUUAUCGUCACUUGAAGGAAUACAUGCCAAAAGUUGUGUCUGUGCUUGGUCCCUUUGGAAGUAGUCAAACGAUUACCAUUGCACCAUUUUUCAUGAUGGACCUUCUUCCAAUGGUAAAUUUUGGAUCAUCAAGCUCCAGUCUAAGUAAUAAAAAGUCAUUUCCAUCGUUUCUACGAACAGUGACCAGUAACAGAGGUCAAGUACAGGUGAUCAUUCGCAUUUUACAGAGGUACAAAUGGAACUGGAUUGCAUUCAUAGGCUGCGACAAUGACUAUAGUCAAGAUGCACUUCAACUCUUCAUUGAUGGUAUUAGAGAGACCGGAAUCUGCUUGGCUUACCAGGAGGAACUCACUGGAAAUUCUAAACACAACAUCAUACUCCAGAAAAUAAAUGAGCUUGGUAUAAACGUGAUCAUAGUGUAUGCUUUACAGUUGUAUGCAACUGCGUUAAUUGAAUCAGCCAUACAGAACAACAUACAAGACAAGGUGUGGAUUGCAAGUGAUACGUGGUCUUUGAAUAAAGAACUUCCCACUCGCAAAGGACUUGACACCAUUGGUACAAUUAUCGGAAUAACAGAAAGGGUUGUGAGUUUACCUGGGUUUCCCAAAUUUAUCCACAAAUCUCAGGGUGACAGUAAAUACCUGGAAUGCAAAAAAAGAAAGCUGAAAACUGAAAAAGAAAAUUUUAGGGCAACCUGCAAUCAAGAUUGUUAUAACUGCUCUUACGUCAACCCAAUAAAAAUAAUUAAUGAAGAUCCAUCUUAUAACUUUGCCAUUUACUCUGGAGUUUAUGUUGUGGCAAAAGCCUUACACGCCAUAUUACAGUGUGAUACAAAUGGAUGCAAUAAGACUGAAAGAGUCUUUCCUUAUCAGCUUCUCAAAGAAAUAAAGAAGUCAGACUUCGAACUAUUGAACUUGCGUGUAAAGUUUGACAAAAACGGAGAUCCCCCUUCAAGAUACGACAUCGUGUCUUGGGACCCGGAAUCCUCUCCUCCGUAUGAGUAUGUGGGAUCAUAUGACACAGAGCCGGCUGUGAGUUUCAAUAUUAAUGAAACUCUUAUCCACUGGUACACCAACGGAACCAUUCCUGUAUCACGGUGCUCUGAGGAGUGUGCAGAAGGCUCUGCUCGGAGGCCAUAUAGAAUCUAUAAGUGCUGCUUUCAGUGUGAUGUCUGUCCAAAUGGCACCUAUGUCAAUCAUUCAGUUUUUUUCAGCACUCACUUGCAAAGGAUUCCUGUGUAUCUUCAGAGUUUAGUUUGAAUGGUGAUUAUAUUUUGGGCGGACUUUUUCAACUGCACAGCGCAAUAAAUCCG